AUGGCUGAUAACGAUGAUCUUUUGGACUACGAAGACGAGGAACAGACCGAGGCGGUAGUCGACGGAAGUGGAGAUGCACCGGCCAAAAAAGAAGUCAAGGGUACCUACGUUUCUAUUCACAGCAGUGGUUUCAGAGAUUUCCUGCUAAAACCAGAAAUUCUCAGAGCUAUUCUUGAGUUAACAGAGAAUCAAGUGUACGUGUUGGUAAUGUGCCACACACGUGAAUUAGCAUUCCAAAUCAGUAAAGAGUACGAGCGGUUCAGCAAAUACAUGCCCCAAGUCAAGGUUGGAGUAUUCUUUGGUGGACUUCCAAUCCAAAAAGAUGAAGAAGUAUUAAAAAAUACCUGCCCUCACAUCGUGGUAGGAACACCGGGACGUAUUCUUGCACUUGUACGGAAUAAGAAGCUCAACCUCAAGCACUUGAAACAUUUUAUCCUCGAUGAAUGUGACAAAAUGCUCGAAUUGCUUGAUAUGAGGCGAGACGUACAAGAAAUCUUCCGUAGCACUCCACAUGGCAAGCAAGUAAUGAUGUUCAGCGCAACAUUAUCGAAGGAUAUUCGACCAGUCUGCAAAAAAUUCAUGCAAGAUCCUAUGGAAGUUUACGUUGACGACGAAGCCAAACUCACACUUCACGGUCUCCAGCAGCACUACGUCAAGCUGAAGGAAAAUGAAAAGAAUAAAAAACUCUUCGAACUUCUUGAUGUACUCGAAUUUAACCAAGUUGUUAUUUUUGUUAAAUCUGUACAAAGGUGUAUGGCAUUAGCACAAUUAUUGACAGAACAAAAUUUCCCAGCAAUUGGUAUCCACAGAGGAAUGACUCAAGAAGAGCGUUUAUCAAGGUAUCAACAGUUCAAGGAUUUCCAAAAGAGAAUUUUGGUUGCUACCAAUUUGUUUGGACGUGGUAUGGAUAUUGAACGAGUAAACAUCGUCUUCAACUACGACAUGCCUGAAGACUCAGAUACGUAUUUACAUCGAGUAGCACGAGCAGGACGUUUUGGUACCAAAGGUCUUGCAAUAACGUUAGUUAGUGACGAGAGCGACGCUAAAAUAUUGAAUGAUGUUCAAGAAAGAUUCGACGUGAACAUUACGGAGUUACCAGACGAGAUUGAUUUGGCAUCUUACAGUAAGUUUCAUAUUUUCAUUAAAAUUAAUUUCAUCACCAUCUUGAAGGCCGAUAAACAUUGA